UUUCCUAGAGUCUCAGAAAUCACCAAUCUCCUAAGAACUUUCUAUCUUCAGACUGUGGCUGCUUGAUAAAUCAGACAGAACAGCUAAUCCUCAGCUUAAACCUGAUCUAACUCUUAGAAAUAGAUACAGAACAAUGGCAGUGACAACAAGCUUGACAUGGACUGAUGAAAAGAGUCUGCAAAAGCUGCUUGGAAAUGUUUCUUUGAGUCUUCUUUAUAAGUCCAGUGUUCAUGGACAUACCAUUGAAGAUAUGCUUCAGAGAUAUAGCAACCAGGGAACUACUAUAACCAUGAUUUAUGUUACUAGGAAUUUUAUUUUUGGCAUUAUGCUUGGAAAUUUUUCUAAUUUAUAUGAAGAUUCUAAAGAGCCAAAUAAUUCCCUUUUGUUUUCAUUUCAAAAGAAAAAUAACACAACUGAAAUGCAAACUUUACUUUUAAAUCUAGCACUGAAAAUUGCUGAUAAACAACUAGUAGGUUAUUUAUCUGAUGUGGAGAUGUUUUCUUUAUAUCCAAGUAAAAAGAAACUUGUUUUAGAUACAGUGGUAACACAGAAAUUAAUUUGUUCUUACGGAUAUUUGGAAUGUGAAAUUUUUCGAGUUGAAGGAAUUGAGGAUGAUCUAGGCUACAAAAAGAGGAUAAUGAACGCCACACCGCACAGAAAUAGUCUCCUAGAGAGCCUCAGAGCCUACAAGCCCUACGCAAACUUGGUUUCAGAAAUACGUAUUCUCUUGCUGGGUCCAGUUGGAUCUGGAAAGUCUAGUUUUUUCAAUUCAGUCAAGUCUGUUUUUCAUGGCCAUGUGACUCGCCAAGCCACAGUGGGAUAUGAGGACUCUGGCAUUACAGAACAGUAUAGGAUAUAUUCUGUUAAAGAUGGAAGAGAUGGAAAACCUCUACCAUUUAUGUUGUGUGACUCCAUGGGAAUACAUUAUGAAGAGGGAACAGGACUGUGCAUGGGUGACAUUCCCUACAUCUUAAAAGGAUGUGUGUCAGACAGAUAUCAGUUUAACCCCCACAGACCAAUUACACCUGAGGAUUCUUCCUUUAUUGCUUCUCCAUCACUGAAGGAACGGAUUCACUGUGUGGUUUAUGUCUUAGACAUCUACUCUGUUGGCCUUCUCUCCUCUAAAAUGAAGGCAAAAUUGAAGCAAGUUCACAAUGAAGUAUUAAAGUGCGGUACGGCACAUGUAGCCUUGCUUACUAAAGUGAGGAAUUGGAAAGAAGUUCUUCAAAACAACUUUUUAAACAUGGCUGAAUCGAUGACUGCUCAAAGCCAGAUAACAACGGUCAACAGAAUGCUAGGAAUUCCUCUUUCUAAUAUUUUGAUGGUUGGAAAUUAUGCUUCUGAGUUGGAGCUGAACCCCGAAAAGGACAUUCUGAUUCUCUCUGCACUGAGGCAGAUGGUGCGAGCAGCAGACGAUUCUUUAGAGGAUCUAGAAAAUUGAUGAGAUCACAUGAAUUUUCCAGCUCUGCAUGUGACACGAGUGGCCUUGAUUCUGGCAUUUGGCCCAAACCCAUGCUGGUGUGCCCCUGUUAGAGUCCAUCUCUGUGAACAGCCUCCUUCAGACUCUGCUUUGGUUCAUGGUCGGCUUCUUGUCCUUAGAUCAGCCACCCCUCACCUCCAAAGGCCAAGUCCGAGAAGUAGCAGACGAAGACAGGUCUGACCACCAACCACCCUCCAUAUCUCUGUACCAUUCACAAUGUAGUUUCUGAGAUCCCUUUCCAAAACUCUCCAGGCAGAAUUGGCUAUCCCUUUACUUAUUCUUCUAUAGCAUUCUAUGUAACUCUAUGUGUACUAAUCACAUUGAAUAAUGAUCCUGGAAUGACUAUGUAGAUAUCUGCUUUCCUAAAUAGAUUGUGCAUCCAUUGAGAAACGGAGUUAGGUUUUUGCUUAUCUCAUAUUC